GGAGGCCCGGCCGUCAAAGCCGAGCUGGUGUGCAGAUGGACCGAGCGGAGCUGUCCGCGGCAGCGGCCGGGCCGCGCGUCCGUGUGCGAGCAAACUUUCAGCUCCAUGCCCGCGCUGGUGGAGCACGUCACCAGCGCGCACGUCGCCGCGGGUCUGGAGAGCCUCAGUCACGUCUGCAUGUGGGCCGAGUGCGUGCGCGGCGGGAAGGCGUUCAAAGCCAAAUACAAACUCAUCAACCACAUCCGCGUGCACACCGGAGAGAAGCCCUUCUCGUGCGCGUUCCCCAACUGCGGCAAGAUGUUUGCGCGCUCGGAGAACCUGAAGAUCCACACGCGCACGCACACGGGAGAGAAGCCGUUCCAGUGUGACUUCUGUGAGCGCCGCUUCGCUAACAGCAGCGACCGCAAGAAGCACUCCCAGGUGCACACGGCCUCCAAACCCUACGACUGCAAGGCGCUGGGCUGCACCAAGUCCUACACCCACCCCAGCUCCCUGCGUAAACACAUGAAGAUCCAUGUCAAGUCCUCCCCCCCCUCUGACCCUCAGGACCUGUACCACUUCCUGCCCCACCAGCUCCCGCAGCCCCACCAGGCUGUGCUGGAGCCCCUGGACCUCAAAAUGAACCACUUCUCUCCGUCACUCUUUAACAGGAGCGCUCACUUUCCUCUUCUGGCCGCCCACGGACUGGACAUUAGCUCCGCCCACGAAGCAGACCACAAGGUUCUGCUGCGGAGCUCGUCUCCUGCAGCCGUGCCGCUGGACCUGUCUCUGACGGGCCUGAAGAGCCAGCUGAGCCAGAAGCAGCAGGGGGGCAGGACCCCUAGGCGGAGCCAGCGCUCAGUCAACCCCGCCUUCACGCAGCUGUCCAACAUCAAGGAGUGGUAUGUCUGCACCAGAACCUCGGCGCCGCACUUCCCGCUGCUGCACCCGGACCACAUCAAGGCCGAGCGCAGUAGUGACGAGGAGUACAUCACGUAGAACUGAACCUGGAUCUCUGGACUUGGACAGCAGAUUUAAUAUGACCAGAACCAGGUCAGGUCUAAACAAGGAGUCAUGUGUGGCAGCACCUGUGACUCAGAUGACCACAUCACCAGAGGAGACUUUUACAGAGUUCCACCCGGAAACUGCUCGGACCUGCCAUGACGCCUGAAACCUCCAAGAGGUGCAGAAGAGCCCGUCACUGCAGUCCGGAAAACCGGGUCCAAGCAGAACCAGCUCACCUGAGCAGAUGUUUGAGCACGGAAAGGUCUCAGGUGGAGCCGUGGACUCAACAGGGGAACAGAAGUCCCACUGGUUCUGGUCAAAAGUCCAAACAUGAUCUUCAGUCUUCUUCAUGGUAUCCAGAAGCAUCAGGAGGUGAAAGACGGUGGAGAUGCUUGUGAAAACUCAGACAGAAGCUGUUCUGUGGGUCCAAACCACUCCAUCAUUCAAAACCCAACCCAAUCAGAACCACAGCCUUGCUUUCAGUAUCCAAAGGUUCCUGCUGAGUUCAUGAAACUUCCCUCCAAGAUCAGGGAUCAUCCAGCUGACGGGUCAAGUUCAGAACCUUCAGUGGUUCUUUGUUUAACCUCAGGUCUGGACUCUGGAGAUCCAGGACUGAAUAUGAGCUCUCAGUUUGAGCCGUCCGUUGAUGCUCAGCUGACUAGAACUGGACGCGUGUCAGCGCUAGCAGAGGCAUCGUGGGGGGGCGUCAGCCGUGAGUCUGCCGAGUCAAACUCACAUCUUCUAAUGUUUAUUAAAUGCAUUAUUAUGUAAAAAA